AUACAGCAAACAAGUGUUUGUUUAUGUUAUUGUUGUUGUCAUCAGUUUAGCUGAUAGUUGUAAUAGAAGUGGCGGUCAAUUAGUGACCAGUCAUUGUCACCGUUACCGACGGUAAUCCACCAGAAUUCUAGUCAUUUAAAAAUCUCUAGUCAUCAAACAAUAUGGUCUACUUAUGGACAAUGAUCUCAAUAUAUUAUUGGACGACAUCGACAUCCGUAUUGAUAGUGUUUGUCGCGGAUGUCAUUUCAGCGGAUAUGUUGCCCGCAUGUCAUCCCGAAGACUAUAAAUACUCGUUUACCGAAUGCGACGAAUCGGGCGGUCGCUGGCGUGUAUCGGUUCCCAAUACGCCCAACACCUGUACUGGCGGUGCACCCAAUCCGGCCACUCGGGUCGAUAAGUGCUACACGUCCUGCGAUUUUGGCCACUACUUCAACAGUUCCCGAUUAUCGUGCGAAAAGUGUCGGCCCGGCUAUUAUUCGCUGGGCGGCGGUAUACGAAUCGAGUCGUUCAAUCGGACAUCACUGCCGGCCGGCUUUCACAUCACUACCGGAACCAUCAAUACGUCAUCCGGCAGUUGCACUGGUUGGCGAAUAGCAACCAAUUAUCUUGAAUCGCAGUCCAACUCGACCAGCGAUGGCUGUGUAUCGAAGCUGUCCUAUACGGUCAGGAUUGUCAAGAAAGGCAAACUGAGUUUCCGUUACCAGUACUCGAUACCCGACGAUCUUGCAAAUGCCAUACUGUUUACAUUUCAAUAUCACAAUUACGAUGAAUCGGGUGGCACUGACCGGCAGUUUGAUCAGACAUCCGAUUCAAAGUUUCCGGCCAUAACUGACGAACAACAGAAAUGGCGUGACAUUCAGAUUAAUCUACUGACACCCGGUCUCUAUGUGUUUAUCUGGCGAUCCGUAUUGAUUGGCCGAUCGAGAGGUUACUUUCCGAGUACUGUUGGUUUCCGAUCGUCAUCGGCGGCGGCGUCGUCCGCUUGGUUUGGUAGCCGAAGCGGCGGUUCUCCUCAUUCGGAUACCGGUGUUAUUCGUAUUAAAAAUAUAUUUGUCGACGGAGUGGCCUACGCUUCCGAGUGUAGUCCAUGCGAACCAGGAACCUAUUCGCCGGCAUCGGGUGCCGCUUCGUGUACACCGUGUCCGCCGAACACUGCAAACCCUGAACGAGCGGCCACCGAAUGCCUGCCGUGCAGUUCGACCGACAAAUAUUCGCUGAAAGGGUCGACACACUGUAUUAGUCGGCCGUUUUGCGGUCGCAAUGAUUACUAUAGCAUCGAAUCGGAAUGCGAUUUAGUUUUGCAUAAAAAAACUGUUGAAUACAAAUGGAUUGAACCGAAGAUAUGUCACGACGUGAACAAUGUGUUGCCAAAGACCAACACUACCGACUGCACGGAAUCGUCGUCGUCCACAACUGAUAACGAGUUGUCCACUCAAUCGUGUAAUUUAGGACAAGAACUUAGCGACGAUCGAAAGUUGUGUCAGUUUUGCGGUAAUAAUCAAUAUCGCGAUCAAACAAUGUCAAAGUGCCAAACGUGUCCACCGUCGACAACACCGCACUACUCACUCCUGUAUAACAUAUGGUAUCCGUUGCCCCAAUUUAUGACUACCGAAUGUAUUCAUAUUGUCGACAACUUGGAUGUCGAAUGCGAUGAUUCGGAACUGUCGUCGUGGCUAUCGAAUCCCUAUAUCAAACAUUACAUACGUACGGGACCGUCGACCGAAUUGGGCGCCUAUCUGUUCCUGACGCUGACCGUACCGGGAUUUCGUCGACCAAACGGCGGUCAAAUUCAAUUUAAAUUUCAAUUGGACUGCGAACCGGACGACUCGUGUUUCUUUAUGUUUCUCGAGACCAGACAUACCAGCGGCGGUAAUAAACCGCAACAAAGUAAUAUUAUUAAGGAAUGGGAUCAUAAAACUACGGGUAUUCAGUCCUAUCGUUACGGUAUCGAUCGUAACAUAUCCGUAGCGUUCAGUUGGGUUUUCCAACGAAACUAUAGUUUCCAAAGCAAUGCAAAAAUCUUCGAAAUACAAGUGACCGAUAUUUUGGCCAAUUCGGCCAUCAAAUGCAAUCCAUGUCCGCAUUCAAACCAUGCCUAUUGUAUUCCCUGUCCGAUUGGUCAAUACAUGGACACUGGAGAUGACAGCAAUAGUAAUAAUAAUAAUAUCACUGAUAGACUGCACAAAUCAGAGCCAAUGAUGGCUCGAAGUCGCAAUCGUUUGCAAACAAAAGUCUUGGAAAAGUGCAAACAAUGUCCGCCAAACCGUAUUAUCAAUUCGAGUAUUGCAUUUCCAAUUGGUUCCACUAAUUCGUGCAUUGAUUGCGGUCUGGGUCUCAAAGAUUACAAAGGGAUCAGCUGUUACAGCGAUUGUCAUCUGAACAUCGAUGGCGAUUCAUUUGAUUUAUCUCAGGUUAGACAACCGUUGCUUCAUAGAGGCGGCCGACUGUUUACGGCAAAUGGUGUCCAAUACUAUCAUAUCUUUAAUAUAACACUCUGUGGUCAACCAGACUUGAAAUCAAUUUGUAUUAAUAACGUGACAUCAUUUGAAUCGUCGUCGUCGUCGUCGUCGACGACGACGUCAUCAUCUGAUUCAUCCGUUGAGUCUACUGACGGGUCAGCAGAACCUGAAGAAUAUGCCAUUCGGUCGAUGAUAUGUCGGUCGACAAUAAUACCCGAUAGAGAUCAGACAUACAGUUCACAGUCCGUUAGUUUAGGCGACCAAUUGGUUGGUAUAACACGAUCGACACAAUACCAGAACAUUACAGUCCAUCCGGAAUUCCAGUCGACCAACAGUGACAUACAUUUCUAUUAUUCGACACCCGUUCCGACCAAUGCCUGUCCCAGUGGCCGGCGGCUGACACUGACCUUACGAUGCGCACCCGAACUCGACCAGAACUUAACAAUUCGGACGCCGAAUGCCUGUCCGGACGGUACGUGCGAUGGCUGUACAUUUCAUUUGUUGGUCAAAACAAAGACUGCGGCUGCCUGUCGACUGUGUCGACCCGAAGAUUACGAAACGGUUGUCGGCGAAUGUCUGGACGGUGUCCAACAAAUUCAUUUGGUUAAUCCAAAAGGUUGUAUUAUAUCCACCGCCACCACUACUACUGAUCCCGACUCCACGCCUACCGUACAGACCAGACACUGUUCAGUAAUUCCCAGACAGGUUCAGUUGGGUAUAGCAUUGUUCAGCGCUGUCGGCGUAUUGCUUAUGGUUUUGGUGUUUCAUUUCUGGAAGAAGAAUCGUAGUCUUGAAUACAAAUACUGUAAACUAGUCGAAGGCAGCGAUAAGUCUACCGGCGCUGAGUGUUGUGUCGAUGACGACGAUGAGGACGAGGAGGACGACAACGAUGACAACGAUAACGACGAUCAAGUGAUUAUACAUCCGAAGAAAAAACUGCCGAAAGAUGUCUACGAAGAAGGCUAUGAAACAAUUCAAUUGACUAAACAUAGCGAUAGAAAUAAUACUAAUAUUAUUUGAUAUUUGUUUGUUUGUUAUUGAUUUGACCGGUAAUUAUCAAUACAUUUACCGAUAUAUAUAUACACUAUAUAUA